AUGUGUUCAUCUUCUGAGGAUCUCUUACGCCCAAACGUUCCCUCGGAGAAGCUUGUAAUCUCCAGCCUCUGCUUCUCAAUGGUGUCUUCUAGCUCCUGGAGAAUGGAAACCAGUUCAAGGUUGGACUCCUGA